GGACGAUGCAUGUCUCUCUGGCUGAAGCUCUGGAGGUACGAGGAGGUCCCCUUCAGGAGGAGGAGGUCUGGGCUGUCCUCAGUCAGAGUGCCGAGAGCCUCCAGGAGCUAUUCAGAAGAGCAGACCCCUCUGCCCUGGGCUUCAUCAUCUCUCCCUGGUCCCUGUUGUUGAUGCCCUCAGGCAGCAUCUCCUUCACAGACGAGAACGUGACGCAGCAGGACCUGAGGGCCUUCACAGCUCCAGAAGUCCUGGAGGGAGUCACUCUCUCAUCUCUGUCAGAUAUAGAGAAGAUGCACAUGUAUUCCCUUGGAAUGACCUUGUUUUGGGGAGCUGACUAUGAGGUUCCACAGAGUCAGCCGAUGAAGCUGGGUGAGCACCUGAACAGUAUUCUCCUCAACAUGUGUGACGACACCACCCUGAGCCGUAUGUCUGUUCUCACCGUAAUGGACGCCUGCAGCACACACAUCAGAAAUUCUAGCUGCGAACCCUCCUUCACACACAUCAGAAAGCUGGUCCGACUGGUGCUGGGCAGCCUCUCCCAGUUGGAUGGCCUGCUGUCCCAGAGUGAUAGGGAGUCUAUUCCAGAGAGGAGCAAGGAGAUUCGGGAGAGGCUUCGGGGCAAAGGCCUUCCCUCAGGGAGGAGUGCAGCCCCGAGGGUACUGGAGCGUUACAAGGCUCGUAGUCAGGAGCAGGCAUCUCUGAACCGUGGCCUGAGUCGCUCCAUGGGUUCCCUCCCCAUCCAGGACCUCCUGAGAGGUGAGGGGGCCCUGCCUGGUCCCUACCCGCCAUCGGACUACCAUCCUGGGUCAGAGUCCUCCGCAGACCUCGAGCCCCAGCAGAGAGGCAGGCCGGUAGAGCUGGACAGGAGGUCCCUGCCCUAUAGAGGAGACUCAACAGCCCAACACAAGAAGAACUGGGCGUCUUCUGUAGACCUGGCCCACAUAGACCCGGAUAUGCUCCGCUUUGGAGCCCUUGAGGAUGCCAGGCGGGGUAGCAGUGCCCUCAGUACCCGCUCAGGGGGAAGGCAUAAGUCAGCCUCCCGGGUGUACCGGGAUCGAGACAGGGAGAACCGCUACUCAGACUUUGGGGGAUUGGAGACACCCAGGACGAAGGCCCACCACCACUCACCCCUGUCGGUCAGCUCAGCUCUGACCUCAGCCUAUGACCGCAUCAAGGAGAAGCAGAGGAAGCUGCAGGUGCUCCGCCAGGCCAUGGAUGAUCCUCUCCACUCCCAUCGGAGGUACCACAGUGACUACAGCUCGUCCAGCGAGAGCCCCUCUGUAGCAUCCUCCGACACUGACUACAGACAAGUUAAGAAACCAGAGGAAGUGAGACGUUACAGCUCCCAGUUGGCUCUCUCAGACCAUCACGGCAUGUCUCACACCAGACACAGGCGAUAUGAGGGUGCAGCCGACGAGGGUCUGAUGCUCCAGAGACGUGAGGAAGAGGUUCAGAGGCUCCAGACUCACCUGGCUAACAGGCUGUCCAGGGCCUCCCUAUACCCAGGGGACGACCCCCGAGCCAGCCUCUACACCGGGGAUGAGCCCUUGGCACGCACCUCCAUGCUGGACCUCCGGGACCCUCUCAAUGCAACGCUACCACACCACCGCAAACCUAAGAAUUUCUUUGGUCCUGAAUUUGUGAAGAUGAACAGCGAGCCAUGUGUUGCCUUGACGGUUCCCUCGUCAAUAAUGAACAAGCGUGGGAAGCUGGAUGAGGUCCAGAGGAAGGUGGGGGUGGUUCUGCUGACCGGCCAGAAGCUGGAGCUGAGCUGUGACAUCAAGGCUGUGUGUAAGGAUGUGUUGGACAUGGUGGUCGCUCACAUUGGACUGGUGGAGCACCACCUCUUCGGCCUGGCCUGCCUCACAGACAAUGAGUUCUUCUUCAUUGAUCCCGAUGCCAAGCUGUCCAAAGUUGCUCCUGAGGGGUGGAAGGAAGAACCCAAGAAGAAGAAACCAGACAUCCAGUUUAACCUAUUCCUACGCAUCAAGUUCUUUGUGGAUGAUGUCAACCUCAUACAACACACCAUGACAAAACACCAGUACUACUUGCAGCUGAGGAAGGAUAUCUUGGAGGAGAGGGUGUGCUGUGACAUGGAGAAUUCCAUGCUCCUGGCGUCCCUGGCUCUUCAGGCAGAGUUUGGUGACUACCAGGCAGAGCUCCAUGGAAAGACGUACUUCAGAAUGGAACAUUAUAUGUCUGCCUCUGUGCUGGAUAAUAUUGACCAGAGCUCCAUCAAGGAAGAACUGCUCAAACUACACAGCACAUACUAUGGAGCCACAGAGGCAGAGACAGAGUUUGAGUUUCUCAAGGCGAGCCAGAGGCUGACAGAGUACGGGGUUCACUUCCACCGUGUCCUCCCUGAGAAGCGGUCCCAGACAGGUAUCAUGCUAGGGGUCUUCUCCAAGGGUGUCCUCAUCUUUGAGGUCCUGAAUGGAAACAGAACCCCAGUACUAAGGUUCCCCUGGAGAGAAACCAAGAAGAUUUCUUUCACAAAGAAGAAGAUCUGUCUUCAGAACACGUCAGACGGGAUUAAACACCUGUUCCAGACAGACAGCAACAAGACCUGUCAGUACCUGCUGUGCCUUUGCUCUGCUCAGCACAAGUUCCACCUCCAGACGAAGGCCCGACAGAACAACCAGGAGCUGCAGGACUUAGAGAACUCUCCACUGAACCUCCUGCAGUACUCUCUGGGCCAGGGGGGGGUGGAGGGGAUGGGGAGGGCCGUGAGCUCUGCCAGCCUGACCCCUAGCUCCUCAGCCCGCUCCGCACACUCAGACUCAGACCUGAAGAGGAUUUCCUACUCAGAGGUGGCCCUGAACAAGGCUCCUGGCGGCCGGCUCCAUGCCCAGGAAGAGGUGCUCUUCCCUGGGUUCAACUCCGGCCUCGGCCCCCACCACCACCACCCUUCCAAUGCCCGGCUAAUGAUGAGCAGAUCACACCACAACCUGGGCCAGGUGCCUGAAUCUCCAGAGCACCGUGCAGUCUCCUUCAACAGCCAGUCUCAGUCUGCUGUGAACCAUGCCCAGCUCCUGGACUGCCACCACCGAGCCAGCUCAGACACAGACUCCAUCUCUGUAGCUUACCAGCAGGAUAGAAGGUUUGGCUCCUCAGCAUCGCACGGCAGCACCGCCUGGAGUCUUAAGAGCUUCCAGAAAGAGUCUGACUCCUCCUCCGUGGAAGAGACGGGACAUGCUGAUGUCGUAGGGUUUCAGAUAGUAGGGGGGCAGAACUCUGGUCAUGUUGAUCUUGGCACCUUCAUCAGCUCCAUAACUCCUGGGGGUCCUGCUGAUGUCAACGGCUGCCUCAAGCCAGGGGACCGUUUAAUCUCUGUGAAUGAGGUGAACCUAGAGGGCCUUCUCCACACCGCUGCCACCGAGGUCCUGCAGAGCGCCCCCGAUGAUGUCACGCUGGUGGUGUCUCAACCCAGAGAGAGGCUUUAUGAAGAGCCUCCGUCAGGGUUUGUUUAUAAACCCCAGGCUCCUCUGGCGGUCUCCGGACAGCGACAACAGGACAUGGACUUUGAGUCUUCAAUUGAGGAACAGGACGCAGGAACAAGCUCCCCCAGCCCUCCUCUCCCCACCACCACCACCCCGUCUGUCUCCACUGUCCCACGCCAGAGCAGCCUCCGCUCACAGGACUCCAGGACCGAGAGCACCAAUGCACCCCUCCAGACCCCCGUCAACGGCACCCACCCCCAUCGCACCCUGCCCACUGAAGCUGCCUCAGUACCCGUAUCCAUACUCCAUCACCAGGAUCGAACCAACAACAUCGCCUUGACCUUCGACCCACUCAAAGCGUCUCCACCGGCGUUGCCACCCAAAACCAGGAAAGCUAAGAUCCCUGAGGUCCCUAAAGACCCAGACUAUUCAGAUAGAGGGGACUCUGAAAUGGAUGAGGAGACGUACUCUAGUAGUCAAGAGAAACCUAAGUUUAAAAAGGAGUUAACUCCUCCUCUCCCCAACGGCAGCAUGGGAGGGUUAAGUGGCAAUGUCCCAGGGGUCAGUAGUCUCUCUCCUGGAGAUCUGUUUGACGUUGAGCUAUCUAAAAAGGACAGCAGCUUGGGCAUAAGUGUCACGGGUGGAGUGAAUACCAGUGUGAAGCAUGGAGGGGUUUAUGUGAAGGCCAUCAUCCCUAAAGGAGCUGCAGAACUGGACGGAAGGAUCCAGAAGGGUGACAGGGUGGUGGCUGUCAAUGGGAAGAGUCUGGAAGGAGCCACUCACAAGCAGGCUGUGGAGACCCUCAGAGAUACUGGAAAGAUGGUCCACUUGCUGUUAGAGAAGGGUCAGCUCCCUGCGAACCGUAUCCACGCCCCUCUGACGCCUCAGUGCACCCCUCCCAGCGACCAACAACAACCGGCGCCAGAGGCUGCUCCGCCUAAAGCCCAGCCAGAGUACAGCUUCAUCACUGAUAACAAUGUAUUUGAGGUGCCCUUGCUGAAGAAUUCGUCAGGCCUAGGGUUCAGCUUCAGUAGAGAGGAGACCCUCCCUGACCAGAACACUGGUAACGGCCCUGGUAACAGCUCCAGCAUGGUCCGGGUCAAGAAGCUUUUCCCUGGGCAACCUGCCGCUGAGAGUGGACGAAUCAACGUGGGUGACGUCAUCCUCCGUGUCAACCAGACGCCCCUCAAAGGACUCUCACAGCACGAGGUGAUCUCAGCGCUGCGAGGGACCGGUCAGGAGGUCACUCUGCUGCUCUGUAGACCUGACCAGGGUGUCUUACCUGAGAUGGACGCCUCUGCUCUGACUCCCAUGGCGUCUCCUCGUAAGGAACCAGUAGUCCAGACCCAGCAGCCUGAAUCCAGCCUGGCCAGGCCCAGAACAGCUUCUCCUGUGGGGUCUGAGGGGAAGAGGAGCCUGGGUCUGGGGCCUGGGCAAAUGGAGGAAGCUCUGGACAGGCUGCUCAUGAAGUCCCCCAGCCGUCGGGACAGCUACAGCGACAGCACGGAUGAUGAGGAGGUGGAGGAGGCCUUCAGCCCAUCUCAGGAGCAGGGCCGACAAGCCUGGGAUCGUAGUAUCUACCAGACCCCCAGCAGUAACCUCACUCUGGGGAGACUCCGCCAGUAUGAGACCCCCUGUGAGCUGGAUGACACCAUCCGUUCUGCCUACUACUCUUCCAACCUGUCACUGCCCAACCUCAGCAGAGGGUGUCCCUCUUCCCCUCGGGUCCCUGACCUGACCACCACCCCUCAACCUAUGGUAUUAUCUCCAGAAGCCCCCAGUCCCGACCCCCUGCCUCUCCCUCGACCACCACACUUCAACCACACCCUGACGGACAACAGACAAGACAUGGAUGAGUUUGUGCCGGACGUGGAGCUGAAAGUGUCCCUUGUGAAGUCUGAGAAAGGAAGCCUGGGGUUUACUCUGACCAAAGGGAACGACCUGGGCUGUUACAUCCAUGACAUCAUCCAGGACCCUGCCAAGGGAGACGGCAGGCUGCGGCCCGGGGAUCGCAUGAUCAUGGUGAACAACAAAGAUGUGUCCAACAUGGGUCACACUGAGGUGGUGAACCUGGUGAGAGCGGCCCCCAGGGUGGUCGAUCUAGUGGUAGGAAGGGUUAUAGAGGCUCCUAAACCCCCUAUAGAGGCACACCUACUGCCGGACAUCUCCUUCCAGUGCCCUGACCAAACAUUAGGUCUAGUAUUGGACGGGGGCAGUGACAGUGUGUACGGGGUGUUGUUCAUAAAGGAGGUACUGCCUGGCUCGGCGGCGCUGCUGGACGGGAGUCUGAGGCCUUUGGACCUGGUCCACUAUAUCAACGGAGCUCCAACUCUGGACCUGACCCUCAAUGAGAGCUGCAGGCUGCUGGAGAUCUCCCUCAGGGAGCUCACUAUCAAAGCUACAAGGGAUGGGAAACCAGUGUCUCCAGGACAGAAGAGUAUUUCAUUUCUCAACAACAACAUCAGCCCUGAAGUCUCCACCAGCCUCAACGAUUAUGUCUAUGGGGCUGAUCACAGAGAAACAGAGGCCUUCUCUGCACUAUGUCCUCCAGAGGAGGAGAUCAUUCAGUUGGACCUGGACAAGCCUGCAGCAGGAGGCCUAGGCUUCUCUGUUAUCGGAGGAGAGAGGGGCAUCUUUGUCAAGUCCAUCACCCCUGGUGGCAUAGCAGAUCGUACAGGACAGCUGCAAGUGGGGGAUAGACUGCUCAAAGUGAACGAGGAGCUGAUGACUAGUGUGUCUCACACUAAAGCUGUCACCACUAUCCGAAAGGUCAAAGGACUGGUCCACCUCAUAGUGUCCAGACCGCCUGACCAAAACCCCAACACCUACCUGGCCUACCUCCCCAUCAACUCUGACAAGUGCAACGGCAACAGUGACGACAUUGGGGUGAAGACUAAACCGUCUAGUCCACCUGGUGAGAACAGUAGCCCUCCUGACAUACCGCCAAUAGACUAUGAUGCAGGUUCAAUGGAACGGAGGACGAGAGAGGGUGAGGUGGAGAACACUGAGCUGUCUGAAGACACAGACCGUGACGGUUCCUCUCUACCAGAGGACUCUCCUGAGACCUCCCGGAAAGCCGACUGGAAAGAGGAAAGUGUAGAUGACCCACUGAAUGAAAGCUACCUGCAGAUGACAUCAGAGCUUCCAGAAGAGGAUGAGAUUACCUGGGGGAGUGACGAGCUGCCUAUAGAGAACAUCAACUCUAAAUUCACUGACGAUAAGCCCAUCAUUACAGAGGAUCAGCUGACCUCUCUGCCCCUGGUGAAGGUGAUCCCUGAUGGACAAUACACUGGGGCCAAACUCAACACUGUGGUGCGUAUGCUGAGGGGUCUGCUCGAACAGAAGAUCCCUUUGCAGGAGUUUGAGAAUCUGCAGAAUCUACAGCCGCUGGACGACUGUCUAAUUGGUCAGACGAAGGAAAACAAGAAGAAGAAUCGUUAUAAGAACAUUGUCCCUUUCGAUACCACCAGAGUGAUCCUGGGUAAAAAUGGUGGCUACAUUAAUGCCAACUUCAUCAACAUGCCAGUGAAAGAUGAGAACUUCAUGUUCAUUGCUUGUCAAGGACCCCUACCCACCACUCUGGGUGACUUCUGGCAGAUGAUCUGGGAGCAGAAAUCCAAUGUCAUUGCUAUGAUGACCCAGGAAGUGGAAGGGGGAAAGGUCAAAUGUCAACGGUACUGGCCUGACACCCCGCGAACGGCUGAGAUGGUGGACGAGAGGCUGCAGAUCACCCUGGUCAAAGAUCAGCACCUUGACAACUUUGUUAUCCGUCUCAUUGAGGUCAAAGAUAUCCAGACUGAAGAAAUUCAACGCGUCACCCACCUGAACUACACCGGUUGGCCAGACCACGGUACACCCUCGCAGCCUGAGCAGCUGUUGAUGUUCAUAUCCUACAUGAGGCACAUCCACCAAUCAGGACCCAUCAUCACGCACUGCAGUGCAGGGAUUGGCCGAUCCGGAACCCUCAUCUGCGUUGAUGUGGUUCUAGGCCUCAUCAGUAAAGAUGCUGAUUUUGAUAUUUCAGAUGUGGUACGUAACAUGAGGCUGCAGAGACAAGGAAUGGUACAAACGGAGGAACAAUACAUCUUCUGCUAUCAAGUCAUCUUAUAUGUGCUCCGAUGUCUUCAAGCUGAGGAGAAAAUCUCAGGAUAGCAACCUUAUUAAAUUCCCAAUGCUGCACACAACAAUGACGGAGACUACACACAGCACAGAACCAAGCAGUGGAUUUACAAACCACUGCUCAAUAAACGCCUUAAAACAGUCUGGGAUUGUGUCCCGAACACAGAUCAAGCCUAAUCUUGGAUUUACUGGUACUUUCAAUAGAGAAUCUCCAUUUAACAUGGUUUUUAGUCCAUGACUAGGCUUGAUCUGUGUCUGGGGAAAAGUACAUUCUUGUUUGCUUGACCUCUACCUCUGUAGCUGCUACCCCUUCUCUUAAUGUAUACACAACAAUACAGUUGAUGUUCCCGUCUUACCUACAUGAAAGCAAUGCUUUUUUUUUUAAUAGAUUGGCUUAUGAAAUAUCUGGAAGUUAAUAAAUUCAUAUUUUAAAGAUUUUGAUGCUGGAAGUUGCCUUGACAGAAUACGAGAGUAUUUGCAUUGUAAAUCGUAUUAUGGUAGUUGCUGCCAGUGUUAAAGGAAAUUAGUGUACAUAUUCAUCUUUUGAAAAAUUGCAAUUUGUAAAUAAAAGUGAAGAAAACA